GGUGCCACACCCUCCGGCACGUGCAGUCGUCGUGCGUGAUCCUGCACGCGAAGCCCAAAGCGAGGAAGAGGAGGAGGAGAAAAGGGGGAAGGAGGUAGAUGAGAAGGAGGAGGGGAGGAGGAGAACGACGAGCGCGCGCAGCAUCAGCAACACACACAAAGAGGUCGGAUGGUGUGAAUGGGAGAUGAAGGAGUGCUCGACACAGGACUGAUACACACCAUCAUACGCACAGGGAGACCGGCGGCGGCCAAGUAAAUUCCAGCCAUUCCGCCGCCUGUUUGGGAGGAAGAGGAGGAGGGAGACAGAGCAGGGGUUUGAGGAUCCCAAACUGAAACCCAGCCACUCCACCAGUGAUGUUUGCAAUGGGGUGGUCUCAGGCCUGGAUGAGUCCAAACAGCAUCUGAGCGAAUUAAAUCCCCUGGGGUCUCGAGCUUUUUCACAUGAAAGCAUUUUCAUCCCUGAGGAUUCCGUAGAGAAGCCGUGCUCAGAAUUGACCAUGUCUCAAGAGAACGUAUCAGACAAAGUCAGGAACCUGCAAAAGCAGAUAGCUCAUAAUAUAAAGUUUGGUCAGAAACCUCCCUCACUAAGAAAAAGCGAAGGAGAUGAAGGCAGCUCGGAUGAAGAAGACGUACAGAGAAGUCCGUUGCGGGUCCUGGCACAGGUGGAGCGAGAGCCACAGGACUCAGAAGCCAAGGAAAAUGUUUCAUCUGGUGCCCAUGAUGUGGUUCACCACAGGACCCCUGUGAAAUCCCCUCGUACAAAGCGGCCUCCUCCCCCUGGUACGAUUGAAUCGAUUAAUCUAGACGCCGUUCCCAAGUCCGCUCCACGCUUGGACAACACUGCUGCCAAACAUAAACUAUCCGUCAAACCGAAAAACCAGCGAGUGUCGCGCAAGCACCGCAGAUUCACGCAGGAGUAUCUGGAAGUGCAGGAAGAGACAGAAGUGCAGAAACUUUCAGAUGAAACAGAAGUUUGGAGAGAAGGGUAUGUAAGAAGCCACUGGACCAGAGAUGAUCAAGAGCUUCAUGAAAAAUCUAAGAAGCAGAGACUUCAUGAAGAGGAGCUGGAGCAUCUUGAGCUUCAGAGAAUCCAGGAGCAAGAGAAACAGAGAAGGAGAGAAGAAGAUAGAAGAGCUGAGGAACUGCGACUGGAACAGGAGACAAUGCGCAGAAAGCAGGAAGAAUGUCAGCGAAGGGAGGAGGAGAAGCAGAGGCAGUGGGAAGAAAACAUGAAGAAGGAAGAGGAUGAAAGGAGAAAGAGGGAGGAGGAGGAGGAGCAACGCUUGAAGGAGCUGGAAGAGAGGAAGAGACAUGAGGAAGAAGAAAGAAAAAAAAGAGAAGAAGAGAGACGGAGAGCAGAAGAAGAAAGAAGACAGCAGGAAAUCAUGGCAGAACGCCAUUGCCUGGAGAAGGAAAAAAGAAUGAAAGAAUUGGAGGAGCAGAAAAGAAAAGAGGAGGAGGAAGAGACAGAAAAACUAAGGCUUUGGGAGUUAGAGAAGAAAAAGCAAAGACAAGAAGAAGAGGAGGCUGAGAUUAAAAGAAUGGAUAAUGAAAAGAAAAGGAAGGAAGAGGAUAAAAGAAAGAGGCAGCAAGAGGAGAUGAGAGGUCCUGAGGAGCACUCGGCAUCCUCUGAUCCAGAGUGGAAGAGGAAAGCAGAGGAGCUGCGAUGGAGGGAGAUGGAAGAAAGGCAAAGACCUUUCACUUUCAAAGUGUCCUCUGGUGAAAAGCAAAUCCUGUUCCAGAAGGUUAAUCUAACACCAGUUACACCAGUAUCGGCUCAGCAGGGAGAAGUUGCUGCUGAGAUCAGGGAAGGCACCGCAGGAGUUCCUGAUUCACCGACUUUAUCUUCAUCCCUGUAUGUUCCUCACACUGCUAUAUUAGUGACUGGAGCUCAGCUGUGUGGUACGGCAGUGAAUCUCGAUCAGAUAAAAGAUACGGCCUGUAAGUCUCUGCUUGGUCUCUCUGAGGAUAAAAAAGCCUUUGGGACACCAACAGGGAAGAACAAGACGUCACCAGACCGCAAGUCUGGAAAAACCAAAUCUUUAAAUGAAGCUUCUUUAUCUGCAGACCAGUCUAGUGCUGCUGUCUUGGCAGAGUGGGCUAGCAUACGAUCCAAGAUUUUUAAAGGUGGCCUAGAUGGAAAGUACCAGGAAUACCCAGACAAACAGGUGCAGAGCCGAACGUCAAGCGAAGACAUCAACGAGCCACCGUUUUCUCACACUAAUCUCAGGAAAACUGUGUCAGCAAGUGCUAAGUUUUCCAUCACUCCAGCCAGAAAGAAGUUUGCUGACUCUAAUAAAAAUUCUGAGGUUUUUAGUCAGGAAGAGACAGAAAGAGGUCAUGGGGACGUACCCUCUACAGAUUUGGCUCCUAGUCAGCAUCUCCAUUCACCUUCCUCUGCUAGUAAAGGUCAGAACAAAGGAGCAAAGAUGGUCCGUAUCUCAGACAGUACAGAAGAAUGCAAGUUUGCCAAAGAUCUCCCUUCCUUCCUGGUUCCAGGUCUGCCACAUGGAUCCCCGAAAGCGCUGACAUCUGAAACAGGACCCUUGAGACAGCCGGUAUCAGAGGACUCGGACACAAAGGAUUAUGGGGAACACAGAGACCAGAAUGGUGAAGAGAGGCCCUCACCAUUUGGUAUCAAGCUGAGGAGGACCAACUACUCGCUUCGUUUUCAUAGUGAGCAAUCCACAGAGAAGAGGAAGAAAAGGUAUAGUGCAGGUGACAGUUUUGAAGGAGUACCAGUGCCCCUCACCUCUACUGACCAAUACUCUGACCCUUCUGCAGUCUCUGAGAAGACCAGUAUUACCUCUCCACUCGGAGAGAGUGAAAUGAAAUUACAAGGAACCUCUGGUGUAGACUCACGCUUCAGACCUGGUAGAAAUGCUUCCUCUUCGGCAUGUAGUGAACGUGACAAAGUCAACUCUAAGCCCCCACUUUAUCAGAAACCUGCAACGUUUCCCAAACCAUCCGAUGGUGCCACUCCUCCACCUUCUCCCUUACCUAAACCUAGUAGAAGGACUCCUGGAGACAUGCUUUCCCCAAGAUCCCCAGAUUUUCCCUCUGAAGAGCGCGUCGAUCAAAAAUUAGAGCCCUUAGAAUCCAUGCAGUGUCAGAAGAAUUGUCAGGGUGAUGAUGAGCCAAAAGAAAAGAAGUCCUUCUUUCCAUCCAUCAGCAUUCCAUGGAGAGAGAAAGCAGAUCGAAGGACUGAACUAAUAAGAAGAGAAAAGCCCUCACUGCAGAGCAGGCAUUCCUUAGAUAGCACACGGACACAGGAGAGGGAGACGGGACCAUUAUGGAUCACUCUGGCUUUGCAGAAGCAGAAGGGUUUUAGAGAACAGCAGCAAAGCAGAGAGGAAAGGAAAAACCAGAGAGAAGCCAAGCUGGCUGAGAAACAAGCCAGGGACAGAGAAAGCGGUGGAAUAGUAAGCCCUACAGAGGGGAAGGGGAAUGGAAACUCCAGUACUCCAAAGGCACAAACCCCAGAGGAGAACAAGAGACCAGACACGUUACUGACUCGCUUCGAGCGUCGUGACAACUUAAAGAAGGCCAACACCUUACCUACAUCUGUUACAGUUGAGAUCGCAGACUCUACCCCGUCACCUCCAGCAGCAAAGGACAUAACAAAGCGCUUCCCACCCAGUGACACGCCACAGGUUUCCACCGAACCAGCUUGGCUUGCUCUCGCCAAGCGUAAGGCCAAAGCAUGGAGUGACUGCCCACAGAUCAUCAAGUGAUAGGUUCAUUUUGAUACAAGCUUCUAAUCAGCUUGUUUAUUCCCCUGGUAUCAUUUCACCAACUAAUUACAAACUACCACAAUACACACCUGGAGGAAAACUGCAUUCACUUUGUUGGUUGUUUUUUUUUUUUUUGGUGCCAUUUUCACCCCGCAAAAUGGGUAGCAAGCGACAUGUAUAACUAAAACAUUGACAUUCUUCUAAUAUUCUAAAACGAUCCAUAACUACGGUUAUGUUUUCGAUCAUGCCGCUGAUUAAAUAUACAGUUCUGGAUUUGAGAGACAAACACGAAGAGCAAAGCGUCUCAAUUGAACUCUAUUAUUUAUGUAUAUUUUUAAUUUGCAUUAAAGUCAAAUAAAAUAAAAUAAAAUAAAAUAAAAAUACAGCUUUCAAUUGUAUAUCUUCUAGUCACAACCCAGGAAUCUAAGCCCAGCAGACCUAGCAAAACAUUUGUCGGAAUAUAUUAGGCAUGCGUAGUAUACAGAGAAAAAUUACUAAAACAAAUGUCUUCUUUAACAGUUUGAGAUAAACUCUUUGGGAAAUCUUUUAAGAACUCACUCAAGGGCUAAAGCUGCCCAGUAGAUAUCACCAUAACAACCAUCUUACUUCACCCCCCCUGAUGUAUUACAAGCAUGGAUACUGUUUUUGUAUUAUUAUAUAUAUUUUUUUUUUUAUUAAAUCAAGAUACUGGUCCUGCCAUCUUUCAAAAAUGUAUUUGUUAAAUUGUCUUAACACCCGGUGUCUAAUAUGGACAAGCUCAAUUCUCAUGUUUUAUUUUAUUUUAUUUUAUUUUUUUUGUGAAUAUUUACUUAUCUGAUAUCUUGGCCAAGAUUUUCACUGUGUGACAAAUGACUGCGGUCAUUUAAGCCAUCACCGAAAAUAAGCGUUAAUGAUGACGGUCACUGUGUUUACUUGUGUAAAUAACAUACAUAGUAAAUGUUUUCUGAACAACACUUCUGUUAAACCACAAUGUUAAAUCACUUAACUGGAAACCAUUAAGCAAAAGAAAAGUUAACGAACUAUCUGCUCCUCGCACAGUGUUUUACGCCCUCCGGUUUCUUUGGAAAUAGUUCAUCUUCAACACAGACUGCUUGCUUGCUGUAAUAGGUACACUGUUAUCCUGUAGCUUGUCCUAGCGCUUCUCGUAUCUGACGUUAAAAAGCAAGUCAGUGGGAGAUCGGUGCUUUAAAAGAAAAGAAAGGAAAAAAAAAAAAAAAAAAAAGUCCUGCUGGGGGAAGACUAACCAAUGACUUCGCAGAGGAAAUGACAUGAUUCUCAGAAAUAACAACAGCUUCGAACUAAUAGAGAGCUUUUGAUCUUAAAACACAGCAAAAACACACCAACCCCCUGUACUUAACGUAAUAUUUUGUAUGUAUGUAUGUAUGUAAUGUAUGUAGGUAUCUAUGUACAGAGGUGGACUGAACUGCACUGUGUUCCUUUGAAGAUCCCGGAGUUCCGUCGCUUUGUUUAUAAUUCGGUCCUGUGCAAUCGUGUAGCGUCACAAACGGUGUUGUAUGUAACAUUGAAAUAAAAGCAGUUUGUUGGUA